GCAGAUUGUUAGAGAGAGGUAGAAGGACAGUAGUCUGUUGCGAUGAAAACAAAGUGGUGUCUCCGUAUUUUGUGGAGUGUUUUAUCACUUGGCCUCCUCAGCUGUGCAGUAGACACUUAUGAAUCUCCGUUUACAAAAAGGAAUAAGGUUUUCAAACAGGGUAUGACAAAAUCAAAACCAAUUAAACUGUCAAUAACAGACGAGAGGCAAUCUUCCCAGAGGCUACCUGUCAGCACUUCUCCAUUGUCUCAGCUCAUUUCCCGAAGACCCUAUCCUCCUGCGAUACCUGGAACACCUCGAUUCCUGCGUCCAGGGGAGCCCGAGGCAAAGAACCAGUCGGACUUUGUUUUCCUCCCAGACGUUUCUGUAACAUGCUCCACUUCUGACUUUGUCGUGCGGGUCAAACCAGCUUUCUACGGCCUGGGCGCAGAUGCAACGGAGCUGAAAUUAGGCAGCACCUGCAAAAGCAAUGGGGUUCUCAGACCGUUCGGCGACCUGCUUUUCACUUAUCCUCUGACAGCGUGUGAUUCCGUGCGUCAGUCGCCCCACGGUUAUCUGGUCUAUAAAUUCGUGCUCCAUUAUGAACCUUCACCAAAACAUUUCCCAAGCAGAGCGCACCGGUUGGAUGUCGACAUUCAGUGUCGUUAUCAAAGGAACCAUCAUGUGUACCAACUGGCGGUGCAGCCCACCUGGCACACUGCUGUUGCGCGUAAAAGUCUGAAAGGAAGUCCAAAUUUCUUCCAGAUAGAGUUGAUGGACGAUUCAUGGAGCAGACCAGCGAGGUCCCAGGUGUACCAACUUGGACAGACUGUUAAUUUCCAGAUCCGUGCUCCUCAUCUCCCAACUGGUGGAAAACUAUACAUCAAUAGCUGCUAUGCCACACCAUCCAGUGGCUCAAUAUCAUCCCACAAAUACACCAUCAUUGACAAUUAUGGCUGUAUGCUAGACAGCAGAAGAGACCCGGGGGCCUCUCAGUUCAUCUCUCGGACAAACAAGACCCUGAGAUUCUCUAGAGCUUUCCAGUUCACUUCUGACCCUGACACAGAGGUCAAUAUUCACUGCAAAUUGUUUGUCACAUCUGAGGACCCGGGUCCUGCACACAAAUCAUGCACCUACACAGGGGACAGGUGGAAGGCCCUUAACAGUGACGACUCCAUUUGCGACUGCUGCGAUUACAAAUGUGUGACCUCUAAACCCCGGAGGGCCAUGAUGGAAGGCUCUGCACGCAGUGGGUCAUUGCUGGUCGUUGAUCAGUCAUACGAAGCAGAAGAUGGCUCUCUACCAGUCAAUCCCCCCUCAGUCAGCAUAAGCAGAGAAGGCAAGGCCACAGUCAGUCAGUUCACUGAUGAGCUGCACAGUCUUGACAACCUGUGGGAAAGUGCUGAUGAAGUUCAGUAUGAUGAUGAAGAGCAAGUCUACACAGAAGAAGAGGAGCAGCAGCAACAGCUUGAUGAAAAAGAACGUGGGGUUGUCCUUGGAGUGAAAGCAGAACCUGACUUAGAUGAGUUAAGUUUUAGGGAGAGGGUCUUGGUAGAGGAGGAGAAGGAAAAGUCUGAAGUUAACGAUUCAAAUCUGUCCAAAGAGGAUGGGUCAGGUUAUCUACUACACAAGCAUUUUUCAGAGAGUGAAGAUGGGGAGGAAUUUGAAGAUGAUGAGAUCUCUGAUGUACAGCAGGCGACCCAUUUGAACCAUAAGGAAGGUGAAGUGUUGCGUCAUUGGGCGGAGUUGGAGCAAAUGUUUCCAUCAGAAGUCGGCGUACAGAGAGAGUUAGAGCCACUGGUAACCGAAGGCGAGGAAAAAAACAGUAAGCAUACAAGUAGCGAUGCGUUGGCUGACUGGAUGGUGGCCUCUGACGUGGAGCGGAAUGAGGACAGUCUGGCAGAUUUGGAUAAGGAGAUGACCUGGUAUUUCACAUGGACAUAGUAUUAGAAGGCAUUGAUUAGUACUCUGUUUGAAGACUGUUGUAAACAUCCCUAACAGAAGGAUUUUCUGACUCGUUUCAAUAAAAACAUGAAAAUGCA